CACACGUUUUUGCCUCCGAAUUUCUCAAAACCCGCUAAACAAAACAAAACAAAACAAACACAAUAGUAACUUCCACGAACACAAGUGGUGUAAUGGUGUUCGGAGUUUGAAACUUGUUCAAACGUCAAAACCCCCAGAAUUUCCACCCAAGUCACCUUCCACUUUGCUUAAUAAGUUCAAUUCUGCGAGGGGAGAAAGUUCAGCUUCUACUCUUUUGUUGCAGCUGAAUUGAGAUAUAUAAUAUAAUUUCAUGGGUUCAGCACCAGAAUUGUCCCUUAAGAGAAGUUCUAGUAAGCUACUUGGAAUUAGGGCCAUUGAAUACUUGAAAGGUGGUCCUGUUUCCUUCAAAACCCACCAAGCAAUUGUUCUGAUUGUAACAUUUUUGGCUUAUACUAGUUACCAUGCCACCAGAAAAACCACAAGUAUUGUUAAGAGUGUUCUUGAUCCUCAAUCAUCAGAUAUAGGAUUGAGUCUCCCGAAAAAGAAGAGAAUUUCUUCAAGUGUUCUUGGUAAUGGUUGGGCACCAUUCAAUGAAUCAGAUGGGACUUCCCUUCUUGGUGAUGUGGAUGUUGCAUUCCUUUCCUUUUACGCAUUGGGGAUGUACUUUUCAGGACACUUCGGUGAUCGAUGUAAUUUAAGGAUUUUUCUUACUGUGGGAAUGCUAGGAACUGCUUUGUUCACUUCACUAUUCGGGGUAGCUUAUUGGGCAAACAUUCAUAACUUUUACUAUUUCUUAGUGGUUCAAAUGAUUGCUGGACUGUUUCAAUCAACUGGAUGGCCUUCGGUUGUUGCAGUCGUCGGAAACUGGUUUGGAAAGAGCAAGAGAGGGUUGAUCAUGGGAAUAUGGAAUGCUCACACGUCCGUUGGGAACAUCACAGGAUCCUUGAUUGCUUCAGCUAUGUUGUGUUAUGGAUGGGGAUGGUCCUUUGUUGUGCCGGGACUUAUGAUGGCUUUCGUCGGCUUGAUGGUUUUCUUUCUAUUGCCGGUUGCACCUGAGUCUGUGGGAGUUAGCAGAGAGGAAGAUGAGUGUAAUUCACCCAAGAAAAGUGGAGAUGAAGAAGUGAAUGAGCCUCUCUUAGCACCGGAGAAUCCGGCCGAGGAAGAACCAGUUGGCUUCCUUGAGGCCUGGAAAAUUCCUGGGGUUGCCCCUUUCGCACUCUGUCUGUUUUUCGCCAAAUUGGUUGCAUAUACAUUUCUUUAUUGGCUCCCCUUCUAUGUUAGCCACACAGCAAUUGAUGGGAAAUAUCUAUCCAGUGAGACAUCAGGGACAUUAUCGACUUUAUUCGAUGUUGGUGGGGUUCUUGGAGGGAUUCUAGCCGGCCACAUUUCCGAUCACUUAGAUGCUAGAGCCAUAACAGCAGCUAGCUUCAUGUAUUGUGCUAUACCUGCUCUGUUCUUCUACAGAAGCUAUGGUCAUGUUUCAUUGAUUGUGAAUGCUGCAUUGAUGUUCAUAACUGGUAUGUUUGUGAAUGGCCCUUAUGCCCUCAUAACAACCGCUGUUUCGGCUGACCUGGGAACACAUAAGUCAUUGAGGGGGAAUUCGCGAGCUCUAGCAACUGUCACGGCUAUCAUCGAUGGAACAGGUUCUAUUGGGGCUGCAAUAGGACCUCUAUUGACCGGUUAUAUAUCGGCCAAGAGCUGGAGUGCAGUUUUCACAAUGUUGAUGAUAGCAGCUUUAAUUGCAGGGCUGCUUCUUACUAGGCUUGUAAUGGCUGAGGUGGCUGCAAAGAUCGAAGAGUCGAGGUCCAACAGAGCACCGGAAUGUUCCCUUGAUGUUUAAAACUUUGAGGAGUUUCCGGUAUACUACCUGGCUGUGUAAUGAUGCGGAUAGUUCUUGUGAAGCAUCAUUUCAUGGCUUCAGGUGAUCAAAUUCAUCAGAUCAUGCACUGCAGUGGUUGAAAAUGGAGAUGUUUAAAGGUUUUUAAACAUUCUUCAUGUUAUUGGAAUAACAGUUUCCAAUGUUAUUUGUAUGUACAUCUUGUGAUAUAUAGUUACCCUCAAUUGCCCCCAUUCUAGUAUAGAUUAAUAUAGUGUUGUCCUUAGAAAUGAGCUUUGUCAAGAGCUUCUUGUAGUUUUUUGAAUAUGGAAAAAAAAAAAAAAUCAACCACAUUGUUUGUGAGAUCAAGAAUCAAAGAUUUCAAGUGUGUUUACAACUUGAUCUUGGCUAGGAUUUUUUCAAUGGAUUUCAUUGAUGGGGUGCAAAGAGUUUGCAAUAAUGUAAAAAAGUAUAAACUCUAUAUGUGCCCCCUCAAUUUGACUUGUAUCUUCUAAUUUGAGGAAUGUGUCUUGGCCUUCUAUUUUGCUAA